CAGCAAAAGUCGGAGACACCUGCAAAAUUUGCUUCGGUCACUGAGUGAGGUGCCUCGAUGCCUGCCCAAAGCACGGAAGCGCCAACGUCCCCAUUCGCGACUUAGCUGUACCCCACCACUCCCCGCUUUCAAUUGCCAAAAACGAAAACAAACCCCCCGAUAAAAAGAGAGGAAAAAAAGAUCGAGAAGAGCAAACCCUAGGUUCCCGUGGCGUCAACGAAAUCCCAAUUCGCCCCAUUAGAUCGGCCUGGGCAAGGGGCUUUUGCCACAGAUCGGCGCUCCCCCGUCCUCGGAUUCGAUUCCGCCGCCGAAUUUGGCCCCCGAUCGGUGGUUGGAUCGCCUCCGCCGCCCGAUACGACUCUCCCUCUGCGAAACCCUAAGCCCGUCCGCCGCCCGACCUGACCCCGACGCCCCUCCUCGCGUUGCCCUCCGCCGCCCGCCGCGCGCCACCGACCCCCGACGCCGCCUGGCCACCCGUGGUUAUUCUUCUUCUUCAGUGCACAAGAAGCCAAGAUCGACAACGGUUGCCACCACGGACUUUUUUCCUACCCAAUUGAGGAUCAGAUGCUGUUUAUUUCCCCCAAAAAAUUAGGGGUUCAACUGAAACCCCAUGCUCCACGCCAAGUCCGCCCCUGAUCUGGGUGCGGGAUUUUAUGUAUGAUGGAAGGUGAAAUUCUGCGAAAAUAUGUCCUUGUGAUUCCUGGGCUCUUGAAUGGAAUCUAGUGGCAGUGAUAAGCCCACUGCAACAGAUGCUACCGAGUCAGUGUUGGGUUUAGAUGGUGAGGAAACUUUGUCUGAGAGGGAGUCUGUUGGAGUGAGACAAGGGCCUGGCUUACCUAAUGGGGGUGGAAAGGAGGCUCCUUCAAGCAGUUCAUCUGCAGGGAGUAAGAGGAAGCAUAAUUGCUUGGUUUCUAAUAAUGUGGAGCCUAAUGGGCCAGGGGUGUCGAGUUCCAGUUCAGGUGAUUCAACGUGGAGUAUAGAUAGUUGUAAUGACCAUCACCCAUUCUCAUCAUCAAGAAAUAAGAAUGACCAUUCGGAGCGUUCAAUUACUUCUGCUGGAGUUGCGGUUAUCAGGCAGCCUCGUGGUGUCUUGAGGUUGAGGAAGCUGGCUCAGAAUGUUGGUACUGAGAGUUGGACUGGAACUCGUAAUCUUCCACUAUCCAAUGGAGUUCCUAAGUCUACUCAACUCCCGGGGAGGAACAAGAGAAGAAAAUCAUGUGCGCUCAAGGAGAACAUAGUUGGUGGUGAUGAUCCUGUCAGUUGCUUGAAAACUGGGAAUGGUACUUGUGAUCAGGAUAGUGGCACAAAGUUUUGUUCUGAAACAGAAUUCUCAGUUGAAAAGCAGUCAUAUCUUUCAGGUGAUGCCCCUAAAGCUGUUCAUGUUGACAAGGAAAGCCACGGGCAUGUAAAAGGCGAUGAUGAUGUUAGUUUGGAAGAAAAUGCUGCCAGGAUGCUCUGCUCUCUAUCAGAUAAUAGAUGUGCUGGACCACCAAGGAAGAGAAUGAAAUCACCAAAUAGAUUGUCAAAGAGAUCUUUUCUUGAGCAUUCAAAUCAUUUCAAGAAUUCGUGCAAAGAAAUCAAGGAUGUAGCUGGUUCUGCUAGGUUGCUGCGGAAGCGUGAUGGUAAAGUUGCAUUCAGGAAGCGCCGUCCACGUCGGCAUUUUUAUGAAGUCAGCCCUCAUAAUGUGGAUCCAUUUGGCAUUGUAAAAGAGAGGAUCAGGGUGUUGUGGCCUCUUGAUGAGACUUGGUACUUUGGCUUGGUUAAGGAAUAUGACCCUGUGACAAGGUUACAUCAUGUCAGGUAUGAUGAUAAGGACGAAGAAUGGAUCAAUCUUCAAAAUGAGAGGAUCAAGCUCCUGCUUUUACCUGGUGAAGCUCGCAAUAGAUCUAAUCGUAAUAAGUCAAGGUCAGUAUUUAAGCCGAAGCGUGAAGAGAGUGAGAGAGAAGGCACAGAUGAAAGCAAUACAGGAAGUUCCGAGUCAGAGCCCAUCAGCUCAUGGUUGGCUCGACCGAACCAAGCAAGAUCUGCUACAUCUAGUAACAUCAGCAAGCAGGAAGAAACUCAUUCCAAUAUUGUUCCAUUGUUGUUUGACCAAGAGCAGUGCCAGGAAUACAAUGUCAAGGAGGACAAGUUGUUGUCUAACGAUGCUGUACCAGGUAGUUCACCUGAGGAUAGGAAGUUUCGCUUUGUUUAUUCUAGGAAGCGAUUUUGCCGGAAAAAGAAUGGUUCUUCCAACAUUUCAGAAGAGGACUCUAAUCCUAGAAGUAUAGCAAGUUCUUCCAUGGUUCUUGCUGCGCUUCCGGGAACAGAGUCUGGUACUGAUGCUUCAGUGACAUAUUUCGUACUGGCAUUAAGCCUGCCACUGAAACCAGUUUGUAAGUUCAUUUGUGAAGCCUGUAGUGUAUGGCUUUCCAAUGCCCUCUUUCUUCUUCGGCAUGGUACUUUGGUUGCCUUAUGGCCUAUCGUGCAUCUGGACAUACUUUUUGUUGAUAAUGCUUUGGGUUUGAAACAUUUGCUUCUUGAGACUUGUUUGAGAUCAGCAGUAUCUCUUUUCUGUUUACUUGUUGGAAGCUUCAAUCGAUGUUCUAGGCAGAGUACUUCCAAGGAGUUGAAUAUGCCAUACACCUCAAUCAGAUUUCAGAUAUCUGGUGUGCAUGGUAGAAGCCGUGUAGUGUUUGUGUUAUUCAGCUUCGUUGGUAUGGGGAAAUCAAGGUGGAAACACCUGCGAAGAAAGCUUCAAUAUCACUGUUCAGAUGGCCAGUUGUCUAAAGCUAAUUCCAUGUCUUCUAACAUCAAGCAACUUACCAAUGGAACUGGUCAAAGAGUAUUACCUUCAAUGUAUCUCUUCUCUAAGGGUUUUGAUCUCCGGGACACUCAGUUUCUUGUGGAAUCAAAUUAUUCAGAUAUCGACCCUGUCAUUUGCUGUCUUGAUUCACGGUGUGAAUGUGGUCAAAAUGAUCUGGACGUGGCAACUGCACCUUCACUACUGCUUUGCCACCAUCUAAAAUUGCUCACUGAAAGCAAUCUGACUAAUGGUUCUCAGCAGUCCAUGCCAUUUACUUUAGACGAGAAUCAGCAGCAGUCUACAGCCCAACAUACAUCUGAUCCUGUUCAUCCGGCCGCUCCUGCUUCUGGAAUUUGUUCUUUUAAUUUUGGUUCAUCCACUGAUGGUCCCUUGAAUAUGGGCACUGCUCUUUGCAAAAAUCAUUCUAGCUCUGCCAGUAGGGAAUUCAAUACUGCUGAAACCACUUUUAGCCCAGAAUGUAAUGGCAGCCAUAUUGGUGAUGCCAACCCAACAUGCAGAAAGUUUCCAGAACAAAAUGGGCCUUAUGUUGGUGCUGACAAACCACGUUCUUCCAAUCUUACUGUUAUUUGCCCUUCACAAAAAUCUGAAGAGAGGCGCCUUUCUGUUAAAAUUCCUCAAGAUAAGACAUCUGUUGCAUCUAAUGACAAGUCACUUAACAAAGAUGAAAAUGUCAUGCAACCAAUAUCAAACUUGGUCCAGGAAUUGAAUGAAUAUCCAAUUGGUCGUUCUACACCAACUGCCCCCAGGACUACCUAUCAUCGGAACCGGUUUACUUCCAUAUCACGCACUUUUGGAGAUGGUUCAAAAUUAUUCCCAGAAGAUCUCACGUUGACUGGUUUUACAGGUGGUUCUAAGAGGCCGCGAAGUCAGAUUUCAUACUCAGUUUCUCCUGGAAGUGAGGAAUUUGGCCUAAAACACAAAGGCCAUUUCCGCAAGAUGCAAUCUCAUAGCAGUGCUAAGAUAAAUGAAGCAAAGAGACUUCCUGAUAAUUCAAGAAGCGGGCAGAGCAGCCCAGAGUCGUUGACUUGUGUAGCAAAUGUCCUGGUUACUGUUGGUGAUAGAGGAUGGAGGGAGUAUGAUACUCAAAUCACAUUGGACUCUGAUGAGCAGAGUGAACGGAGGAUAUGUGUGAAGCUUGCAGAAGGAACCAAGUAUGCUCACAAGGUUUGUCAAGUUUUGCAGCCUGGGGCCACAAACCGUUAUACACAUGCUAUGAUAUGGAAAGGGGGGGCUGAAUGGUGCCUAGAGUUUCCUGAUAGAAGCCAGUGGUUGAUCUUCAAGCAAAUGCAUGACGAAUGCUAUAGCCAUAACAUCAGAGCUGCGUCUGUGAAAAACAUUCCGAUCCCUGGUGUCUGCUUGGUUGAAGCUCAUGAUGAUUAUGAUGCUGCAUCCUUUGUGCGAUCCCAAGAUUAUCUUGGCCAUAUUGGAACAGAUGUUGAAAUGGCUCUUGAUGAAUCCCGUGUAAUAUAUGACAUGGAUAGUGAUGAUGAAGCAUGGAUUUCAAAUUGGAGGAAAUCCUUAGUAGGUGAGAGCAUCACUGCAUGCGAGUUGACAGAGGACUUGUUUGAGAGGGUUAUGGACAAACUAGAGAAGUUUUCGUAUAGCCACAACUGUAAUGACCUCACCAUUGAUCAGAUGAAGGAACUAGAUAUUGAUAAUGUAUCACUGGACAUCAUUCAAGGGAUACAUGCUUAUUGGCAGGACAAGAGGCAGAAAAAGGGAAUGCCGCUCAUCCGACAUUUUCAGUCUGCUAUGUGGAAGGUUUAUGAGAAGCAGCUCCACCAUUGGGAAUCAACUCUAUACAGAAUGCAGGGUUCAUCAAAUGGGUACCUAGAAAAGAAAUUGCCCCCAAAACCUGCAUUGUUUGCCUUCUGUUUGAGGCCUCGUGGACUCCAAAUGCCGUACAAGGGACCAAAGCAGCGUUCUCAUAAGAAGCUUAUGUCCUCGGGGUGCCAUAGCUUUUCAAGAGAGCAAGAAGGCUUUUACCGACCAGGCAGGAGAUACAAUGAAUAUGCUGGGGAUGGGAGGACAUGUGAAUUGUAUGAUAGUGGUUCUCUUUAUUCGCCAACAGGAUAUUCUCCUAGGUUCUCUAUGAGAACAGAUUCCCCUCGAGCAUUUGAUGCCUCAGAAAGAAGUUCUACUCCAAGAUAUUUCAGAACCGAUAGUGCCAAAAGGAGUGCAGGCUUUGCAUUCUCUGAUGAUCAUCAGCCAUCACCUUCCUUCCGCCAUCAGAAAGUAAAGCGAGGCGUGCCUGAUCAUUGGAACACUGCCAUUCAUGAAUGGCAAAACUCAAAACACCUCUUCCCGGGUGUGUACCAGAGCCACCGCAUCGAUGUUGAGGAGCUCAAGCUGCGGGAUGCCGCGAGCGCUGCGCAGCACGCGGCAACCAUGGCCAAGCUCAAGAGGGAAAGGGCCCACUGCCUGAUGCACAAGGCUGAUCUUGCCCUCCAUAAGGCCACAGUGGCCCUCAUGAUCGCUGAUGCGAUCAAAUCGUCCAGCAAGGACACAUCCCGGGAUGGUACAAGAGAUUUCAGGGACUAAGAACACUUGACCUUUUCUUGUUUUGCCGUGAGCCCAUGUGCAUAUAUGCAACUUGCUUGCGCUCGAUGCAUCUUUUGUUGAUAGAAGGGAGCUUGUUUGCUCCAUUCAAUCAAGCCAGUAGAUAGCAUCCCCCCCCCCCACCCCACCCUUUUGAUCCCCUGUACAUAACUUCUCUUUAAUCUUCUUUCUCUUAUUUAGACCUCCCGGUUAACAUGUUGCCGGCGAAGAAUGGGCCAGAUUGGUAGGUCAGCUAUCUGUUGGUACAGCCUGGCAUGUCUGCAUAACGGCUCUGUUCUCUCAUGGUUUAGUUAAUCCAUGGAAUUCGACUGUUUGGGGGCUUCUGGCCGCUACGGCGCUAACCUAAAAAAAGACAUGGGGAAAGGAAUUAUAGGGGAAGUACAGCAUGUCGUCCUGAGGUUGACAUUUGGUCCUUCCUGCUAUACAGUGAUAUACUAUGUGCUAUUGUUUCUUUCUUUCUUUCUUGGAUGUCACACACAAGACGGAUAUACACUCUACAAUACAGUA